AAAUCAGGACGAAAAUCAUGUUGACUAUUCUUCUGAUCACGGCAAUGAUUGGCCAAGGUCAGUCAUGGGACAGCUAUGGAACAAGCUUCAUCACAGUAUUCCCAGAAAACAUAGCCUUCUACUAUCCACGUACUCCAGUCAAUACUCUCAGUAUCACUGCUCUCUUUCCCGACACCAAGGUGAAUGUCUUGGUCUCAGAGGUAUCGACAUACUCAGACACACUGCCAGCAGGAAAGCCCGUAAAUGUGACCCUGCCACUGGGUACUGAGGAAUACCACCUUGGUUCUACUUCUCAGACUGUCAGAGUCAGCAGCACGGGGCUCAUCGUGGUGCAAUCAAUCAGCAAGAAAGGAGACAGUGUGCAAACUAAUGUUGUUCAGCCUCAGAAAAAUCACGGUACGUUGUAUACCAUCCCCUCACUGAAUUACAGCCAGAUGCUUAAUACUUUUUAUCAGUCAGCAAGAAACGUCAGCAAGAGAUACAGCUCUUUCAGGCUGGUUAUUAUCAAUGGAGAAUAUUUUAUUAUAUAUGUCACAAUUGUAAAACUGGCUAAAAAUAAGACCUACACGCUCAAUCCCUUCACCGCUCUCCAGCUCCAAACUGACGGGACAGAAAUUGCAGUUUAUUCUGAUAAUAAAUUGGCUGUGAUGCUGACCCAUCCUUGUGUAGAAACGGAAGAAUGCAGAUGCAACAUGGUGCUGAACCAACUUUAUCCCGACAGACUGCAGGAUAGCAGAUUCGUCGUACCCUCAAUACUCAAGACCAGCAACUUUUGGCUGCAUGUGACGUCCUCAGUGAAAACCAACGUCAGUGGCGGUGAUCUAGAAUUGAGUACUGUGAAUGCCUAUUCCUCAAAACUCCUAUCCCUUCCAUCUCUGCAGUUUGAAUCCCAGUUCAUCAACACAUCUUUUCCUGCUUCCCUCCAGCUUGUCGGUCCAGGCAUCAUCGUUGAACUGAUCUCACAAUAUAUGUUCUCUGCGUGCUACCUAGUGCCUGUCAGCUCGACAGAUGCCAAGGCCUUAAUCAUAUCAGAGACAAACUACAGGGAUAGUGUGUAUGUAGAUGGUGAUUUGCUUUUAUCCUCUGCAUGGAGCACCAUCGCCAAUUCGGUGUACUCAUCGGUGUUAGUGCCUCUUGACGCCACGCACGUCAUCUGGCAUCCAUCCACAAAGAUAGCCGUGUACGUGUUUGAGAAGAGCACACAUGUGUAUGGAGGCCCAGCUAUUCCUUUAAGCGAAAAUCCAGACUCUUUAGGCUGUGCAUUGGUUCCUUCUAAGUUUGACAUCAUCGUCACACCUCAAACCUGGCCUGAAUCCCAUCAGUACUGUAAGCUCAUAAGUGACGAGCUAUUCAGUCCCAGCAAUGAAGCGGCUCAUGCGGAGAUGGCUAGCAUUCUGAGUAAUGACCAUAAGAAUGAGAGGUUCUGGAUCGGCGUGCGUCGCAGUCUGCUGAAGUUAGACUGGUACCGGCAGAAGGGUAACAGCUCACACAACUUGUCAUACACGCGGUGGGGAAACGGGGAGCCAGGUGUUGCUGUGAACGGCAUGUGUGCUUCAGUAUUCCCAAACCCAAGCAUGGAUUUCCAAUGGGAAACUAUACACUGCUGUACUCUACUGAAGUCUAUCUGCUACACAAGGGCUCAGCACUUUUCUCUGUACAUUCCGAUCUCAGAUGAGAUGUCAGAUGAGACGGAUAAUAAUUCUAAUGUUCCAAAAAAGAACGUUUAAUAAU